AUGUCUUCAUUAUGCUCGAAAGCUACUAAUCAUUUCUUCUUUGUUUAUGGUUAUGGAGGAAUUGGGAAAACUUUCUUAUGGAAUGCUUUGAUAUCUGUUCUACGUGCUGCUGGUGAGAUUGUCUUGACUGUUGCAUCUAGUGGCAUUGUUGCAACUUUGUUACCUUCAGGAAGGACGGCACAUUCAAGGUUUGCAAUCCUUAUUCAAAUUACUAAGGAAUCCGUUUGCCAUAUAAAACAAAAUUCUCCCUUUGCAUGUCUUAUUCAAUGCACUAAAUUGAUAAUAUGGGAUGAAGCUCCAAUGGUCCAAAGUUAUUGUAUUGAGGCCUUUAAUAGAACAUUAAGGGAUAUUAUGCAUUCAAACCGUCCUUUUGGUGGUAAGUGUGUUGUCAUGGGUGGUGAUUUUCGUCAAAUUCUUCUAGUGAUUCCAAAAGGUAUAAGAGUAAUCAUUGUUGAUGCAUGUAUUAGUUCAUCACAUUUAUGGGAUUAUUGCAAGUCAAUAGAAGACUCUGAUAGCUUUGAUGAUUUGUAUACAACAGAGUUCUUGAACAUGGUAACUUGCUCUGGAUUACCUCCACAUAAGCUAACUUUGAAGGUUGGGGCACCCGUUAUGUUAAUGCGAAAUAUUGAUCAAGCUUCUGGGCUUUGUAACGAAACUCGAUUACGAAUCACACAGUUAGGAAAAAGUGUCAUAGAAGGGAUCAUAUUGAAUGGAUCAAAUCAAAAUGAUAAGGUGUUAAUCCAUAUGAUGGACAUAAAUCCUUCAGAAAGUAGGUGGCCAUUCAAGAUGAAACGAAGGCAAUUCCCUGUGUCGCUAUCCUUUGCAAUGAUUAUCAACAAAAGUCAAGGGCAAUCUUUACAUCAUGUAAGAUUAUAUCUUACAAAGCUUGUCUUCACACAUGGUCAAUUAUAUGUGGCAUUAUCAAGAGUUAAAGACAUGAAUGGCCUAAAGAUCCUAUUGCAUGGAGAUGACUGUCAUCAAAAGAGCUCAAUAACAAAUGUUGUUUGCAGGGAAAUAUUUCAAAAGUUGUUGUUAGUGUGA